UAACCUCCCUACACUUUAUCAUCCCUGGCCCGGAAUUGAACAGUGUCUCCAACAUGGCGGCGUGGAGAAACUACGCCGUCCUGUUCAAUCGGACCGGUGUGGACGUUCUCUGGAGCGUCAGGGGAGGCAGCAGGUGGACACAAAACUUUCAGCAGCGUUCCGGCUUCCGAAAGGUCGCCAGGAAACCUGAAAGCAAAAAAGUGGAGGAUGAACUCGGACACUUAGACUCGUCGGAAGUGGCGUCCAACCGGCAGACGUCAAGCCCUCAUUGGGCAUCAGCGCCUCCCCCUCCGUCGUCAGGCUCGCCACGAGCCUUCGGACGUCUGGUGCGCCCGCUGCUCUUCACUGUGGGGUUUACAGGCUGCUCCUUUGGCUCAGCGGCUAUCUGGCAGUACGAGUCGCUCAAGUCUCGCGUGCAGAGCUACUUCAACGAGCUACGAGCCGAUUGGCUGGAGAGGGUGCGGCCGCAGAAGCGAGGGGACGUUCGUAAGGAGGUCAACCAUUGGUGGAACACUUUGAGUGAGGGACAGAGGACGGUAACAGCUAUUCUGGCCGCCAAUGCCGUGGUGUUCUGCUGCUGGCGAGUUCCACGUCUGCAGCGCUCCAUGUUCAAGUAUUUCACCGCAGACUCCGCCUCCAGGACGUUGUGCGCACCCAUGGUGCUGUCCACCUUCAGCCACGUGUCCUUCUUCCACAUGGCCGCCAACAUGUACGUCCUAUGGAGCUUCUCCACUAGCGCCGUCUCCAUGUUGGGAAGGGAGCAGUUUGUGGCUGUCUACUUGUCAGCUGGCGUCAUUUCCACCUUCUGCAGCUACGUGUGCAAAAUGGCCACCGGGAGGUUCGGCCCUUCGCUGGGAGCUUCAGGUGCCAUCAUGACCAUCCUGGCUGCAGUUUGCACCAAAAUUCCUGAGGCCAAACUGGCCAUCAUCUUCCUCCCAAUGUUCACAUUUAGUGCUGCCAAUGCUCUGAAGGCAAUUAUUGCCAUGGAUACAGCUGGUUUGAUACUCGGUUGGAGGUUUUUCGACCACGCGGCUCACUUAGGAGGCGCUAUGUUUGGCAUUUGGUACAUCCUAUUUGGCCAUGAGCUCAUUUGGAAGAACCGGGAGCCUUUUGUCAAGUUUUGGCAUGAGCUACGGACAGGUCGCGGUGGCGGAAAUGGAGGUGAGCGAGGAGGCUCCGCGUAGGACUUUUGAAUGGACUCGGGAACAAUUACAUAUUCCCAAUUUGAUCAGAACUUAUUGUAAACUUGACGGAUAGUCACUGUAAAGACUGAGUUUUUCACCUAUGACGAUUUCAAGCAGUUGAAGUCUUGAAAAUAAUGUUUUAUAAUAGGAUUACAGUAAUAAAUGAUAUCUAUUCCAGUUGUGAUUGUCUUGCCAGAGCGCAAGAAAAGUCACAUGCAAAUUGAAGCAUAGAGUGAGACUUUUCAACAUUAUGUAAUUUUAACAAUUUACUAUUAACCCAUUGGCUGCCAUUGAUUGCUCGAUCGUCGUCAACGACGGUGAAUUCCUGGCGCAGCGCUUUGAGACGAUACCCAUCGAGCGAUAUUAAUAGAUUGACAUGUUUUUCCCUGCCUCUUUGUGUUGUUUAUGUAUUUAUGGAACGCCAAUAAAGACACAUAUGAAACCAUUUUGAAGAAAGUCUGGUUACUAUUGAGAUGUGAUGGAGAUUUGGAGUGAAAGCUCAACUUUGUUCUGGAUUCUGUCCUCUAUAAA